AUGGGCAUCUUGUUGUCUUUGCCCUUCACGGGCAUAAUUGGGACCGUCGCGUCCUCUGCCAUAGCAGGCAUCGCUUUCUGCUUCACGUCAACCGCUGCGUCGAUGUUUUUCAAGUCUUGUAAUUGCAAUUCUUCGAUCGCUACGCGAGUUGGAUUUGCCAUUAUAUUCUGUCUAAAUUCCAUGUUUGCGUGGUUUAUGAAGACACCAGUUGCGAUACAGACAAUAGAGAGAUGGAGCCAUGGCUAUCUUGAGAUGGACUGUGAGGGGGGAAAGUGUUAUGGCGUUUUGGCGGUUCACCGGAUUUGUUUUGCGCUGGCGCUGUUCCACUUCUUGCUCAGUGCGUUACUCAUUGGUGUCAGGGAUACAAAGGACAAGAGGGCAUCCAUUCAGAACGGUUGGUGGGGUCCCAAGGUCCUCCUCUGGCUCGUCCUUGUUGUUGUGUCUUUCUUCAUCCCCAAUGGCUUCUUCAUGUUCUGGGGGAAUUAUGUUGCACUUAUCGGCGCGACGAUCUUUAUUCUCCUUGGGCUCGUUCUCCUCGUCGACUUCGCGCACUCUUGGUCCGAAAUGUGCCUUGAGACUUGGGAAGCAUCUAACUCGAAUUUAUGGCAAUGGAUCUUGAUUGGGUCAACUACUGGCAUGUAUGCUGCAUCCAUCGCGCUCACAGGUGUCCUCUACGCAUUCUUCGCCGCGCCAGAGUGUACGCUCAACCGCGUUUUCAUUUCCCUUAAUCUUGUUCUGUGCAUAAUCGCGACAAUCAUGUGCGUUCAUCCCGCGGUGCAAGAGCACAACCCGCGGUCCGGGCUUGCGCAGGCGAGCAUGGUCGCCACUUAUUGCACGUAUCUCAUCAUGUCCGCAGUCGGAAACCACGAGCACGCGACUUGCAACCCUCUUCGCCGGCCUGGCUCCGGCGUUGGCACAGGAACGCACAAUACGACCGUUGUCCUUGGUGCGCUGUUCACGUUCCUUGCGAUUGCAUACUCGACCAGCCGCGCGGCGACACAGAGCCGCGCCCUUGUUGGGAAGGGAAAGAAGAGUGGUGCGGUUCAGCUUCCUUCGGACGAAGAUGGGCACGCCGAGAUGGGUGUUGUAAGCACCCAGCCGAGUCGAACAGAGUCUCCACGCUAUCAAGCACUGUUGGCAGCCGUCGAAGCUGGGGCUAUCCCCGCCUCAGCACUAGAUGAGGAAGAUGAAGACGACGAAGACACGGCGGGCGAAACCCGAGAUGAUGAGCGGUCGGGCACUCGAUACAAUUAUGCUUGGUUCCACGUCAUCUUCGCCAUUGGUGCGAUGUACGUUGCGAUGCUUCUAACUGAUUGGAACGUUGUGAAAGCAACCGCAGGCUCAGUCGAUGACGUUUAUAUUGGCCGAUCUGAGGUUGCUAUGUGGAUGCGCAUCGUUUCUAGCUGGGUCUGUAUGAUUCUGUAUUUCUGGAGUCUUCUUGCGCCGGUGCUCAUGCCUGAUCGGUUCGAUGAUAUUUAG